UUCCCGUCGCGUCUGCUUCUUACUGCAAUUGCCUAGAAGUCCACCAUCUUUCUCUUCACCGUAGUUUUUUCACCCAGAUCGGACGUUCUUUGUAGUGCAUGGCGCUAAAAAAUUUCGCUCGGCGAGCGUUUUGGACGCUGCCGAGCUCUGUUUUGCGUCAUUCGAACGUACUCGGCACAAGGAUCAUCUCUAACAGAAUCUCGGUAGCUUGCCUUUCUUCGCUCUCUGAUAAAUUGUGGUUGAAAAAUCAGCUCGAUCUCGACAAUGGAAAAAGCACUGUCGGCCACGCCCGACGCCAUUUUCAGACCUGUGUUAGUCGUUGCAAGAAAGAUGAUCUUUCUCGCGCACAAAUGGUUGCUUCCAUGCCCAAACUGGAUGAAGGAACACAAGGCGAAAAUAUGCAAGACGUGACCUAUGACGAACAGACUGGCCUAUUCCCUGAUGAAGGAACUCCAAAUCAAUUGUUUGAUGGGAUUCGUUUUGCAGACCUUCCUAUCUGUAACAUUACAGCCACUCCCAACAACACAAUCAUGACGCUGACAAAUGCUGCUGGUGUUGUACAGACCAUUCAUAGUUGUGGCAGAGAAGGCUUUAAAAACACACGUGAGGGGACUAACAUAGCUGCUCAAGCUACGGCAAUCACACUUGCUACAAGAGGUAUUGGCCUUGGGAUGAAAACUGUUCGUGUAACUGUCAGUGGCCUUGGGCCAGGAAGAAUGGCCGCCAUUAAAGGAUUAACAAUGGCUGGCAUGAAUGUUAUAUCCAUAACCGACCGGACACCGGUGCCUUGGUCUGCACAGCCUCGUCCGAAGAAACGGAGAAAGCUGUAAGCUCUACAUUUAUCCACAUUGCCACCGUCUUACUUAACUGUUCUGAGACAGCCAUGUGAAGAACCGUAUCAUAUCGAUGAUAGCCGUGAUCCUUUCCUCAUUUAUUGAACGCGUUUUGUUUUGCUUGGCCAUUUAGUGCCACACAAAGCCAUUCGCUAAUUAAAUGAUGUAUUUGCCACGUAUAAGUAAUAGAUCCCAUUCAAGACAAAUCGACAGUUCUAUAGCUUUCCAGAUUACUCGGCUCGAUUUCCAGUCUUGAUUCCUUCACACACCUCAAUAGUUCUCUUUAACAUCUUUAAGUGUAAAUAUUUCACUAGGAACUAGUCAUUGAUGAAUGUUAUGUGCGAGGGCAGAAGACCUUGAUGCGAAGUUGGUUAACUUCUGAAUACAUGUGUCAUUCAU